AGUCAUGACAUCACAGUGAAAGUAUUUGUUGGCAGUGUUUAGGCCUACAUGCUAAACAGGGUGGAUGUUCUCUCCUCUUGAAGAAUCCUCUCCCGCUCAGUUAUGGAAACAUCAUGUUUGUGGACUAUCGUGGAGAAAAAGCUGAAUAAUAACUUAACGGGGACCAUCAUGUUCCAGAUGCUGGUGGUGUUGCUCUCGGUUGUCCUCUCCCAAACCAGCUAUUCCUCGUCAAAGAGAGCACGCAACAUCACCGUCCUCUCCUCCCAGCUGGUCUGCAGCCUGCCGGGCCCCGCUGGGCCCGACGGAAACCCCGGAGCCCCGGGGUCACCGGGGCCCCCGGGCGCCAUGGGGCCCCCGGGGAGGGACGGUCCGGACGGGAAGGACGGACUGUGGGGGGGGAAGGGAGAUCAAGGUGAUCCCGGGAGGACAGGGAACCCAGGUAAGCCGGGUGUGAAAGGGCGCGAGGGCCCCAUCGGCAAAGCUGGACCUCGUGGUCUAAAGGGACCACGGGGGACAGCAGGGGCGGCUGGACCCCGGGGUCCCCGGGGAGAGCUGGGUGACGUCGGCCCACGGGGAGCUCCGGGCGGGUGCGACUGCGGCCGCGCGGCCCGAUCGGCCUUCUCCGUGGCGUCGACCAAGAGCUACCCCAAGGAGCGGCUGCCCAUCCGCUUCAGCCGGAUUCUGCUGAACGAGGGCGAUCACUACAACGCCAGCAGCGGCAAGUUCGUCUGCGCCGUGCCGGGCGUCUACUAUUUCACGUACGACAUCACUCUGGCCAACAAACACCUGGCCAUCGGGCUGGUGCACAACGGGCAGUACAAGAUCAGGACAUUUGAUGCCAACACGGGGAACCACGACGUGGCGUCUGGUUCCACCGUGCUCCACCUGCAGCAGUCCGACCAGGUGUGGCUGCAGAUCUUCUACUCGGACCAGAACGGGCUCUUCUUUGACCCCUUCUGGACGGACAGCACCUUCACUGGCUUUCUUAUCUAUGCCGACCAGGAAUAUCUCGACGAGGCUGAUAGAAAAGAUAAUGCUCGAGAUGACGGUUAAUCCUGAGAUCAUUUCUUUUUAUUUGAGUUUUUGGUGGAUUUUUUUUUAUCGAAAUGUUGUGAAACCAGAGUCUGACACCAGGGGGCACGAGAGAGGGGACGUUAAUUGUUGGACAUUCCAAAGCAAAACUUUUUUGGGAUAAAAGUUAAAUCACAACCUUUUAUAGUUUUUCUGGUUUAUUAAAAAGUUUCCCCGGAGGCUUUAAAUAAGCCAUCUCUGUAGAUAGAUCAAAUAUUUCUUAUUGCAUUGGAUAAUAAUUAUGUAUAUAGAAGCAUUUUAUGCCAUUCAUACAAAUUGAUUCAAUUCAUUUAGAUAUUUGUAACAUUUGGAUAUAAUUUACAACUCUUCAUUGUUGUUAGCUCAAUGUGUGGUUGUUAUUGGAUACCUCAGCCGGUCCCCACGGUUGGGUCGUCAAAUAUUACCUGUAUUUAGGGUUACGUCAUCCGAAUGCAAAAAUGUGUAACUCGGAUAACAUUUGUAAAAAACGACAAUCAGAUUAUAUAUUUUCAACUGUAAUGGAGUUGUCACAGACAGCCUCGAUCCCAUCUUUUGAUCACUUAAAUUGAAAUGGUAAGAAAUGCAUUUUGAUUAAUGCUGAUUUUGCGAUAAAAGCAAAGUCGCCCAUACUCCAUUUGAACAGCAACCAAUACAUACACAUCAUUAAAACAUCCCACAUGUACAAUACUAUGCACCAUAUUUUGUGUCCCAAAUAAAAAAAAAUACAGCAUUUGUGGAACCCAAAUUUGUGUGGCAGCAUCCACUUAUUUAUAAAGUGUUUUAAAGUAAUGUGGCACAAAACCUGCCUGUGCAAAGAGAUGGACUAGCUUAAAAAAGCAUUGGUAUAUCAUUUAAACCCUGCUAUUGGCAUUAACUAAUUGACUAAUUAUAUUAGAAGAAGAAGAAGCUAUUUUUAUUGCCAAGUAUUAUUUUACACAUACAGGAAAUUGCUCUCUGCAUUUUACCCAUCCCGCACAGUGGGAGCAUUGGACUGCCUAACCC